CACGCCUCAUCGCGUUCCCUGCAGAAAUGGCCGUGCAUGAUUCAUGUGAUAGGUAGGAUGGCCGUGGGGACUGUUGGUUGCAGCGAUGCGGAGCCUUGUGAUGGUGAUAUUGUCAAUAUACAGCCCCGUAGUCUUUCUGCGCAUGACUGUGUUUCCAAGAGACGUGAGACGAUAGCGGCGUACUGGAGUACGAGACGGUGUUGGGAUGGGGAGGGGGAGAGAUCUAAUGGGGCUAAGACGAGCGCUUGGCCAAUCGAUAGGGCCACGGGGCUGACGUCGGCGCCCAGUACGAGCAAAGCUAUUGCGCACCAGCUAAAGCAAAAAGCGACGACAAUUGCAACAGCCAGUCCCCACAAAGCUGAAGGCCUUUACCGUUAGCUAGUCCUGCUCGUCCCGCCUGACCGACCAGUCGCCUAUCGACUCAUCGCAUUACACCGUUCACGUGUACCCUCCUCCCGCCUCCACCGCCAGCCUUUCUCUCUUCUUCAUCAAGUCGCACCCGACUCUUGUACUUCCCACCUCCAUCCUGGCUGGCACCGCGCCAUUUCGUGACAGGCGGGACCAACACACAUUUGAGCUUCAGGAGCUCUCACAGCCUUCACAUCACACUGAAAACGCCGGGAGGACAAGACGGGAGGACAAGCGUGCUAGGAAGAGGAGGGAGAAGCUCGAGAAGCUUCGCGAGGCCGACGAGAUGAAGUUUUCACACAGUCUGCAGUUCAAUGCUGUCCCCGAUUGGAGCAACAAUUAUGUUGCCUACAGCAACCUCAAAAAGCAGAUUUACACCCUCGAAACCCGCCUGCACCAACGGACCGCCCCCGUCGAUGCCGAAUCAUCCCCACUGCUCAACGGUGCUGAGGAGGAUCCUGAUAAGCUCUUUACUGAAUUAUUGGACUCGGAGCUAGAGAAAGUCUGUUCCUUCUACCAGAUCAAAGAGCUUGAAAUAUAUGGCGAAGUGGAGGAUGUGCUCAAGGACGAAGGGUCCUACGAGGAGGAGCAGGAGACUUACGAGCAAGAGCGCGAAAACGCACCCCCGGGUAAGAAGAUGCGUAGCGGCAGUAUCUUCAGAAAUAUCGGCUUUCAGCGGCCACGGCAGGCGAGCAGCGUUAGUCAACGCUCCACCAUCGAAGAAGAGGAAGACUCGGAUGACGACGACGACGCGGGGAAUGAGACAUCGUUAUUGCGAAGAAAAAGUUCGGAUGGCCAGCGCCGGCGCCAGAUCUCGGAUCAUUCUCAUACAGAGGACAUGCACUCUUCCGUAGAUUUCGCCUCGUCGCUACGCAGAAGGGCAAGUGCAGCAUUCGAAGACUACAACGAUAUGUCCUUCUCAGCGCUCUAUGAUGAGGGAGUGUCGCUUAAGAAGCGCACCGUUAGCGUCUAUGUUUCCUUGUGCGAGCUGAGAUCGUUCACUCAACUCAACAAGACGGGGUUCGAGAAAGUCCUCAAGAAGUACGAUAAGAUUCUGGACCGGAAACUGAAACGUGCCUAUCUAGACAAGAACGUUUACCCUGCUUAUCCGUUCCAAAAAGCGACAAUGGCUAAACUGAGCUCAGCCUUGCAGCAGGUUGAAACCGCAUAUUCUCGUAUCUGCACAAAAGGAGACAUGGACGAGGCGAAGCGUGAGUUGAGAUUACACUUGCGUGAACAUGUCGUCUGGGAACGUAACACGGUCUGGCGAGAAAUGAUUGGUAUCGAGCGGAAAGCUCAAGCCGCAAACAUCGGUCUUACCCAGGCUCUGCUCGGAAGAGAUUCAGAUCCUGCCAAAGUACGACGACAAGGUGACGAGGUCGAACCGCAUAUGAAAGAGGUUGUUACUCCUGUAGGCAGAUACCGGUGUCCUAGCUGGCUGGUCAGCGCAAACUUCCUGUUGUUCAUUAGCAUCUUGGCCGUCUUCUUAGUCCUGUUGCUUGUGCCUAUCUUGGAGAAGGCUGAGCAGCAAAACUGCCUAGCUAUGGUAGUUUUUGUUAGUCUGUUGUGGGCAACAGAGACAAUUCCCUUAUUCACGACCUCUCUGCUUGUACCAUUCCUCGCUGUCGUUCUCCGUGUCGUUCGGAGCGAUGUCACCGGCCAGCGGUUGGAGACCAAAGCAGCAGCCUCAUACGUCUUCGCUGCCAUGUGGACACCAGUCAUCAUGCUUCUACUUGGAGGCUUUACAAUCGCUGCUGCCCUGUCCAAGUACAAUAUUGCGAAGAUCAUGGCUACUUUUGUUCUCAGCAAGGCAGGGACCAAGCCACGAACCGUUCUACUCACCAACAUGUUUGUAGCCAUGUUCGCUAGUAUGUGGAUCAGUAAUGUCGCCGCUCCUGUGUUAUGCUUUUCCAUUAUUCAACCGAUCCUCCGCAAUUUACCCGCCGACUCCGACAUGACCAAAGCUCUCCUUUUGGGAAUCGCUCUGGCGUCUAACAUGGGUGGUGCUGCAUCGCCGAUUGCUUCACCUCAGAAUUUAAUCGCGUUGCAGAACAUGAACCCUGAGCCGUCCUGGGGAGUUUGGUUUUUCGUCGCUCUCCCUGUCUGCAUUAUUUCGAUUUUGCUGAUCUGGAUCUUGCUGCUCGUCACCUUCCAACCCGGGCGUAAUACUACCAUUGUUCCAAUCCGCCCCAUGAAAGAUAAGUUUACUACGACCCAAUGGUUCAUUAGUCUCAUCACUAUCGGAACAAUCAUCCUCUGGUGUGUCAGUCAUCGACUGGAACCCGUUUUCGGAGAUAUGGGUGUCAUAGCUAUCAUUCCCAUUGUGUUGUUCUUCGGCACCGGUAUUCUCAACAAAGAAGACUUCAACAACUUCCUUUGGACUAUCAUAAUUCUUGCGGCAGGUGGUCUGUCUCUAGGCAAGUCUGUGAACUCGUCAGGACUGCUUCAUACCAUGGCCGAGUCUAUUACGAGCAGCGUGGAAGGCAUGAGUUUGUACGGCGUCUUGGUGGUCUUCGCUGGUUUGAUCUUGGUGGUUGCAACGUUCAUCAGUCACACUGUCGCAGCGCUUAUUAUUUUGCCCCUUGUACAGCAAGUCGGUCAAAAUCUAACGGACCCGCCACAUCCCAAUCUGCUAGUGAUGGGAAGUGUGCUCAUGGCCAGCGCGGCCAUGGGAUUGCCUACCAGCGGGUUCCCAAAUAUGACCGCGAUUAUGAUGGAAGACCAAAGGACCGGUCAACGAUAUUUGGAAGUCAAGCAUUUCCUAACACGCGGUAUUCCAGCGAGUUUGAUUGCAUUCGUCGUUGUCAUCACGGUCGGCUAUGGGCUGAUGCUUAUCGUCGGCUUCUAG